GGGUACCUUCAAUCGUGGAACGCUAUUUUUUGUGAAGCUUCAAUUGUUGGUUUUCUAUCUAGCUUCGCUUCGCUUACUUGUACAACUAAACGUUAAACUCUUUUCGAAGAAGCAACAGGACUAGAAAGGGGAUUCUCCUUCUCUUCUCAAUGGUUUCUUAUUAUUAAGGCUUUCAGAAAAACGACACUCGAGAAAACUGUCAUGGAUGUUGUAGUUAUGUUAACCAAAAGAAUGAAGGCAUGUUUUUUGAAAGAUUCCAAGUUUCAUGGUACAUUCUUGAAGAUUGGCCUUGUAAAAUGCUUGGAUUCGAGUAAUGUCAACAUAUUCGGCAACCACAAAUUCAGAAUCUGAUUUUUCACAGCAGAAAAUUAUACAUUAUACGACCCCAAAGACUUCUUUCUUGUCUGGUUUCUUUGCAUCAACCUUCAUCAUAUUUGAGUCAUACGUUGGUUCUUUUUGGGGAGGAAAAAGGGAAACUAAUCCUUGGAGGUAUAAAUGGACAACAGCAGUGUAUAAAAUUUUGUAUGCUGGCUCGGUUCAGAGACUGCAAGGGCUAAUGUCAUGGACGAGAAAACCUGAUGUUUUGAACACAACCAGUGACAUAUGGCUUUUGGGCAUAUGCUAUAAAGUUAUACCUGAGGAGUCAACACAUACUGAUAGAGGACUGGCAGCAUUUUCCCAUGAUUUCUCAUCGAGAAUCUGGAUGACAUAUAGAAGUGGUUUUGAUGCUAUUUCUGACUCAAAAUUCACAAAUGAUGUUCAUUGGGGGUGCAUGAUCAGAAGCAGCCAGAUGCUUGUUGCCGAGGCAUUGGUUUUUCAUCAUUUAGGAAGAUCAUGGAGGAGGCCCCUUCAGAAGCCUUAUGAUCCACAAUACAUUGAUAUUUUACAUCUUUUCGGUGAUUCUGUGGCAUCUGCUUUCUCCAUACACAAUCUUCUUCAAGCAGGAAGGGCUUAUGGCUUAGCUGCUGGCUCUUGGGUUGGUCCUUAUGCAAUUUGCCGAACAUGGGAAGCUUUUGCAAGUGAGAAUAAUAAGCAAGGUGACCUUGUCAAUCGGAAAGUAAUUUUCCCCAUGACGAUAUAUGUUGUUUCUGAUAAUGAAAAUGGAGAACAAGGUGGAGCCCCUGUCAUCUGCAUCGAAAGAAUUGUGAAACUUUGUCAUGAAAUUAGCAAGGGCGAGAUCACUUGGUCACCGGUUCUUUUACUGAUCCCUUUGGUUCUUGGACUGGAAAAAGUCGAUCCCAGGUACUUCCCUUCAUUAAGGGAUACAUUCACAUUUCCGCAGAGUUUGGGGAUAUUAGGUGGCAAGCCGGGAGCGUCAACAUAUAUUGUUGGUGUUCAAGAUGAGAAAGCAUUAUACCUGGAUCCUCAUGAAGUCCAAUCGGCCAUUGACAUCAGAAAGCAGGAUGUGGAGGCCGAUACUUCUUCGUAUCACUGCAACAUUGUACGCCACUUGCCCCUCGACCAAAUGGACUCAUCUCUAGCUAUAGGAUUCUAUUGUCGCGACAAAGGUGAUUUUGAAGACUUCUGCUCCAGAGCUUCUGAGUUGAGAGAGAGAACGUCAGGAGCACCGUUGUUCACAGUUGCUCAGUCUCUUCAAUCAAACAAAACUCGCUUCCCUAAAAUUACUGUUGGUAACAGUCAAAAUGGCAUAGUAGAUGACAACAACAUGAAGGAGGCCUAUGGCAUAGAGAAUGGGAGUCCCUCUGGAGCAAAUGUUGAUGAAGGUGAGUGGCAGAUCCUGUGAAUGAAGGAUUUAAAGGAGUUUGAUUAUAUUCAGUAUUUGCCAUAAUCCAUAACCAUCAACUUAAGACCCCCAUUCGUUUCUUCAACUACAUGAUUCAUGAAUGAUUUGCCUUUUUUUUUUAAUUUCUUCUUUUGAUUGUAUUCAUUCUUGUAAUUAAGCGGGGCUGUUGUAUUGUGUCUAGAUCAAGGCCAAGCCAGCCCACAGCUUCAGGUGUAUAUUUUUAUAUGUAGAAGGUAGCUGUCUGCUAAUUUGAUUUAAAAUAAACUUAUGAUGCUGAUAGUGCAUGACUUGUAGCACCAGAAUUUUUGCUGGAUACCAGGUAUACUAGCUAUGCAGCGAAUCUUUGUUUUUUUUU